AUGGACGUCAACGAUUUUGUCAUCGACCAAGACGUGCGCCUUACAUGGAUUGCAUUUUUCACUCUUUGGGUGCUCUGGGGACUUGUGUAUUUCGUACGCCAUGUGUUUGGUGAAGACACAGAGAAGCCUGCACCUGCACAAGAUUCUGAGCAAGCGGGCGAGAGUAAACCCACCAAGAAAAAGUGGAGGCCUGAAGGAGGUUUUGGGUCGCGUCUUGCCAAUGCCCAUCGUGUCCUUUUUGAAAACACGCUGCUCUUGCUGGGAGUCCUGGUGCUCAAUACUUUUGGUGGAGCAUCAACUCGCGCUGUUAUGAUCUUGACAUGGAUCUUCUUUGCUCUUACUGUGAUCGUGGCAUUCACAGAAAUUGGAUAUGGCCACCGCUUUAUCCGUUUCCUUUAUAGUGCCGCUUUCUUUGGUAUCACCCUUGCCAUUGGGGCCUUAGCCUUCCAACAAGGAUGGCGACGUCGCCAUUAA